CUCCUCGCCCGAUCGAAUUUUCCAUUGCCACAGUCGAGAAAUCGAAGGAUCGGCGAUAUGGGUUUUGCUUCUAUCGAGCUCUGGGUAGUGACCCAACUUCGAAAGAUCGUUCCGUGUUGCUCAAACCUGGAGAACAGAGUGUGUUAAUCGGAAAGUAGGCAGUGAAGCUAAGAGGGAGAGUGUGAUUGUAGCGCCGUCGGAGGAGUAGACGAGAUGGAGAAUUCGAGGCGGAGGAAACGCAGCGAUGGCGCCGUGAGAGGCAUUGCAGUGAAUCCCAGAUCGAUGGGCAGGAAGCGCAAGUCCAAGGUUGAGGGAUGGAAGACGCUCCUUCUGGUGUCGGUAUUGCUGGUUCUGGUGGGAGCUCUGUGUUGGGUGUUUCUCGUCCAGAAGCCAUUUUCUGCCUCUUCAUCGGACGAAGCUGCCCAGGAUUAUUGGGGAUUGGCAGAGUUAUCGGUGCAUGAGCGGGGGCUUGUCGUGCGAAACGUGGAUUGGGACUCAAUUGUCAAUGAGCAUGGACGGCCGUGGAAGGACUCUGGACAUCGACAUUUUUUGAACUCAGUCCUGGUCUAUGUUACACCGUGGAAUUCUCUAGGCUAUGACAUGGCCAAGAAAUUUCGAGCUAAAUUUACACAUGUUUCUCCUGUUUGGUAUCAGCUGCAAAGAGGUAAAGAUAGACUGGAGCUACUCGGUAGGCACGACGUGGACAAGCAAUGGAUCGAUGCUGUUCGUCAAGAUGGAAGCCCCAUGAUUGUUCCUCGCGUGGUGCUGGAAGGCUCACCUCUACAUAUGUUGGUAGACCCAGCAGAGAGAAAGCAGGCUAUCGAUCUCAUCGUAAAUGAGUGCAAAUACAUGGAGUACGAUGGAGUUGUUCUGGAAGCUUGGACGGCAUGGGCAGUUUAUAACAUCCUUGAAAAUCCAAAUUUGCGUCAUAAGGCUUUGGAAUUUGUUCUUGCCCUUGGUGAAACAUUACAUUCUAUGAAGGCGUCAAAGUCGGGCAGCGAGAAACGAAAUAUGCAGCUGCACUUCGUCAUACCACCACCAUCUGAUUAUAAGAAGGAUCCUCGAGUUUUUACCCGUGCAGACAUGACCAUGUUGGGGAACUCUAUCGAUGGUCUCUCAGUCAUGACGUACGACUUCUCAGGACCUAACCAUCCUGGCCCCAAUGCUCCGGCUCCCUGGAUUGAUAGUACCUUGGCAAGUCUUCGUAGAAUGUCCGAGGACAGUGACGCUGCUCCUGAGGUUCUAUUAGGGCUGAAUUUUUAUGGCAACGAUUACACCCUUCCACAAGGUGGGGGUGCCAUUGUCGGCCAUCAGUGUGUUGCAUUGCUUGAGAAAUACAAGCCCAGUAUCACCUGGGAUAAAAAAUCCGAAGAGCACUAUUUCAUGUAUGAUGGUGAGGAUGCAAAGCAUGUGGUGUUUUAUCCCACGCUGGCUUCUGUAUCGGCAAGGCUCAAUACAGCCAACAAAGUGGGGUCAGGAAUUUCGAUUUGGGAAAUAGGUCAGGGUUUGGAGUACUUUUUUGACCUUCUAUAAUGUCCAGGAGAGAUUGUCUCUGAGCUCUAGAAGUCCUGAGAUGGCGCAGCUUGCAGCUGGGUUUGCCGCUCUCAUUGGCAUCAUCUUAACUUGUGAACACGAAGUGGGUUGGUAUAUAUAUUUAGGUCUCAAUGUUUUGGUCUUCAGCUGAAACACACUUCAGACAAUACAUGAAUCUCAUUCAUGCGGUGAAGGCAGCUGGCUGGAAACGUAUGUCAUGGUAGUUGUAGGUUUCAAUAUUUAGCAACUUCAUUUCACAACUCAAAACGGCAAAGCAUUUUACCUUCCCUCUUGCGCAGCAUUAUUUAACUGUUGCAAACGAGUGAAGGGUGUGGCUAGAUUGUUGCAGGUCUCAGGAAUAAUCCACCUAAUUCGAAAUGGAUGCUGUUAAA